AUGACCCACUACAGUGACUAUUACUUCACCUCGAAUCUGACCAGCUAUACAUGCCCAACAUUCAAUAAUUUGCAAUGUCAGCCCCCCAAUGCUUGUGCUCGUGAGCCGACGACAGGGAAACUAUACUGUUGCGACUAUAAUGAUGGCCUUGGUAAUGUCUGCUGGUCAAUAACUUCCGAGUGCGCCAAUAAUAACAGCACACGUUUUUGUCGCAAUGGGGAUCGCACAUGGUGUUGUCUUUAUGAAACGUUUGUCUAUCUUCCCAUUUCCGCCUCCACUCUUGAUGAUAAGCAUUCUGACAGAGGGUACAGCGAGUCGUGUACCGAGGCGGACAAUCAGGUUAAUAUCUGUUGGAACAACGAACGCAGCCCGCUCGGAAACAUAAGCAGCCAGGCGCUCAAAGACACAUACUCCUCCUUGAGCGCUGAAGCCCCGUCCGCGACCACCUGGGCUUUUGAUCCACAGUCAUUGCUUCCUGCUACCUCCACAUCCUCCACACCCUCCACACCCUCCACCUCGAUAUCUACCCCCAGCAAAACAACUGCCGUGACUACCUCCUCAUUCAGUCCCAACUCCUCUUCGCCAUCCUUAUCCGGUGGUGCCAUUGCUGGCAUAGUGGUCGGAGUCGUAGCUGUGGUCGCAAUCGUACUGGGAGGGGCCGCAUACCUACUCAAACGGCAUCGCCGGCAACAGAAUCCCACUCCUGGAGUAUCCCCUGCAGAGUUACUAGGUGUUGAGGCACGACCAAAGGAACACCGCUAUGAAGCCGAUGGCAAGCCGAUACAUUCACCAAGACCUGUAGAAUUACCAGCGAGCCGUCAGUGA